ACGGCACGUUCGUGUCCUCGCCGACCUCGCGCGGUCAGGAGCCAUGAAGCAGCCCACGCCGCCGCGCUUUCCGGUCACCUCACUUCGCUUGCUGUGCCUCCUCCUUGUGCCCCUCGGAUUCGUCGCCAUGGCGUUGUCGUUGAGCCGGAGCUUUUUCGUCCCGUCCUACGUCCUCUCCGGCUGCCUCCAUGGCGUGCCGCGCUGCCGUUCCGUUGACACCGACGACGGCGGUGUAAGGCGAGGUGCUGAGUCAACGAGGGAGCCGGAGUUCCGCCUCCUCGUGGGAGUGAUGACCACGCCGAGGCGGUACGAGCGGCGCGCCAUCCUGCGCCUGGCGUACGCUCUGCAGCCGCCGGCGGAGGCCGCGCGGGUGGACGUGCGGUUCGUGCUGUGCGACGUGACGGACGCCGCGGACGCGGUGCUGGUGGCGAUGGAGGCCGCGCGGCACGGCGACAUCGUCGUGCUGGACUGCGCGGAGAACAUGAACGACGGCAAGACGCACGCGUACCUCGCCGCCGUGUCGCGGCUGUUCGCGCCGGCCCCCUACGACUACGUGAUGAAGGCCGACGACGACACGUACCUCCGCGUGGCCGCGCUCGCCGACGAGCUCCGCUCCCAGCCCCGGAGCGACCUCUACCUCGGCCGCGGCUACGCCGUCGGCGACGACGACCCGGCGCCGUUCAUGCACGGCAUGGGCUACGUCGUCUCCUGGGACGUCGCCGCCUGGUUGUCCGCCAACGACGAGAUCCUGCGGCGCAACGACACGCACGGCCACGAGGACCGCCUCGUCGGCAAGUGGCUCAACGCCGGCGGCAGGGGCAAGAACCGGUACAACCUCAAGCCCCGGAUGUACGACAUCAACUGGGACAUGGACGAGUUCCGCCACAACACCAUCGCCGUGCACAGGCUCAAGGACAACCACCGGUGGGCCGCCGUGCUCAGGCACUUCAACGCCACCGCCGGUAUAAUAAAGCCAUCCAUUCUGCAAGACCACAGCUAGAAUCCGGUGACAAAAUGUACGUGUUAUUAGACUCGUAGUUAGCCCUGCUAAUGGGUUGGAAGAAAAUUGAUUAAAUGGGUUGGGUUUUAAUUUAGAUUAUCUUUGGUUGGGUGCAAAUGAAUUAUUACUUCAAAUGGUUUGGAUUGAGUUGGGUUAUAGAGAUAGAUGGAUUGGUAAGGACUGGAUUUGGUUAGGUGAUUUUAGGUUUUAAAUUGAUUUAACCCGUAAAGGGCAAAUGGAUCAUUUAAUUGGGUAGCUAAUGGAGAAGAGAAUAGACAUACGUGGGACCUACAUGUAGAAAUUGAUCAAAAUUUAUAUAAAGUUGCUCUUACACAUAAUAAA